CUCAGGUUCGUCUUCUGUCAUAAUGUUUUCUGUCUAAUCUGCAGGGUUUUGUAUUAUUUUUCAGAGUUUUACAGAAUUUUCUCACUAUUAGAUUAGAGCAGAAGAGUCACAGGAGUGAGCAAUGUCAUAAAUGUGAUGUAUUUCUCUUCAGGAUCUUUACUUGACAGAUAUGUGCUUGGAGAGAAGCUGGGAGAGGGACGCCAUGGCACUGUCUAUUUGGCUACACGGAAAUCUGACGGCCAGAAGGUUGCCAUAAAAAUUGUGAUUAAGGAUUAUUAUGGAGAGUUGUACCACGUGGAUGGAUAUUCUACAUAUGUGAUCCCAGAAGCACGUCAUAUGAUGAUCCUCAAGAAACCUCCGCUCUGCCCGUACAUCAUAGAGCUGUACGAGUACGCCAUGGAGGGAAAGAAUAACUACCUGGUCAUGGAGUACGCGUCCUCGUACAUAACCUUGGGGAAGUUCAUCACGGAGAACAAUGGCUGCCUGAGUGAGAGUGUUGCCCGGCAGCUGAUCGUGCAGCUCAUUAUUGCUGCACAGCACUGCAUUGAGCAUGGCAUAUUCCAUGGGUCCAUGAAUCUAGAAAACAUCCUGGUCAAUCCAAAGACCCUGGAGCUCAAGCUGAUUGAUUUUGGCUACAGUUUUUAUGUUUCAAAAGGCUGCUGGAGAUGCCCCACUCUGGGUGAGUUGGCUUUUAGUGCUGCUUAUUAA